GCGCACGCCGGGCUUUUGGGGCGACCCCGCCGCGCCCUCCACGCCGCUGCGAGCCCCGGGCCCCGCGUGCCGGUCCCCGAUGAGCAGCGAGGGCGGCCCCCCGCCGCCGCCACCGCGCCCCGCGCCUCCGCCACCGCCGCCACCGCCGCCACCGCCGGCCCCGCUGCGCCGCGCGUGCAGCCCGAACCCCGGCGCGCUGCAGGCCGCGCUCCUGAACCCCGCAGCGCCGGGCUCCGCCGCGCUGGACGCCGCCUCCUCCGCUUCGUCCUCCUCCUCCUCGGCGGCCCAGGCCUCGGGCGCGCCUUCGGCGGGCGGCAAGGGCGCAGGGGGCGGCGGUGGCACCGUUGGCACGGGGGGCGCGGGCGCCAAGAAGGCGAGCUCGGGGCUGCGGCGGCCGGAGAAGCCCCCUUAUUCCUACAUAGCCCUCAUCGUCAUGGCCAUCCAGAGCUCGCCCAGCAAGCGGCUGACCCUGAGCGAGAUCUACCAGUUCCUGCAGGCGCGCUUCCCCUUCUUCCGCGGCGCCUACCAGGGCUGGAAGAAUUCGGUGCGCCAUAACCUGUCCCUCAACGAGUGCUUCAUCAAGCUGCCCAAGGGACUGGGCCGGCCCGGCAAAGGCCACUACUGGACCAUCGACCCGGCCAGCGAGUUUAUGUUCGAGGAAGGCUCUUUCCGACGCCGGCCGCGCGGCUUUCGAAGAAAGUGCCAGGCCCUCAAGCCCAUGUACCACCGUGUGGUCAGCGGCCUGGGCUUCGGGGCGUCUCUGCUGCCCCAGGGCUUCGACUUCCAGGCCCCCCCAUCGGCGCCCCUGGCUUGCCACGGCCAGGCCGGCUACGGCGGCCUCGAUAUGCUGCCCGCCACCUACGACGCUGGCACGGGCGCCCCUGGCCACGCGCACCCUCACCACCACCACCACCACCACGUCCCCCACAUGUCCCCCAACCCCGGCUCCACCUACAUGGCCAGCUGUCCCGUGCCCGCCGGUCCGGGGGCCGUGGGAGCGGCUGGAGGAGCCGGGGGUCCCGGGGGCGCGGGUGGAGCGGGUGGCGCCAGCGGCGGUGGCACCGGGGACUUCGGGCCAGACAGCAGCAGCAGCCCUGUGCCUUCUUCCCCGGCCAUGGCGAGCGCCCUGGAGUGCCACUCGCCUUACACCAGCCCCGCGGCGCAUUGGAGCUCGCCCGGUGCCUCGCCUUACCUCAAGCAGCCGGCCGCCCUGACGCCGGGCAGUGCCACGGGGGGCCCGGGCAACCUGCACCCCAGUCUUCCCUCCUACUCGCUGGAGCAGACCUACUUGCAUCAGAACGCCCGCGAGGACCUCUCAGUGGGGCUGCCGCGCUACCAGCAUCACUCUGCCCCUGUCUGCGACAGAAAAGAUUUCGUCCUCAACUUCAACGGCAUUUCGUCCUUCCACCCUUCUGCCAGCGGGCCCUACUACCACCACCACCACCAAAGCAUGUGCCAGGAUGUGAAACCCUGCGUGAUGUGAAAGAAAGGGGGCAGC